UUGUUUUGGUAUGCUUUCUCCGCCCCAAUUGCUCUAGUCUGUAUUGCGAACGGAGUUUGUCAGCUUUUUGUUGUGUUGGCAUUAAGCCUAGGCUAUAUUGCGUGCAUACAUUUAUUUGGUUUUGGUAGUAUAUUAAUAGUUCUUAUAGAAAAUAGGAAAUAUUUGGAUUUCUAACUUGGUGUACGGUUGUGCUUGUAAGUAGAUCCUCGUUGAAGUUGCUCCUGUGUGUGACUGAGGCCGGAACGAUUGUUUCUGUUUCUUCCGGGGAAAAUUUGCAAAGAUGAAGUUUCAGUAUAAAGAGGAACAUCCCUUUGAGAAAAGGCGUUCUGAAGGAGAGAAAAUACGUAAAAAAUAUCCCGACCGGGUCCCUGUGAUCGUGGAGAAAGCACCUAAAGCAAGGAUAGGGGAUCUUGAUAAGAAGAAAUAUUUGGUUCCUUCAGACUUGACAGUGGGGCAGUUCUACUUCCUGAUCCGUAAGCGAAUACACCUGCGAGCUGAAGAUGCUCUGUUCUUCUUUGUUAACAAUGUAAUUCCACCUACCAGUGCCACGAUGGGACAGCUUUAUCAGGAGCAUCAUGAGGAAGAUUUUUUCUUGUACAUUGCUUACAGUGAUGAGAGCGUUUAUGGAAUGUGAAGACUGCUUUCAGUUUAUCAAGCUGCUUUUUCAAAGGAGACGUUCUUCACAAAGACCUGCACUUUGAAUUGUAGUAAACUCCCUGAAUUAAGGAAGAGAAGAUGCUGCAAUAAAAUUAAACUCUGUUCCUUCCCUUUGUUGAUUUAUUAUUUUUUUUUUUUUAUUUUUUUUUUUUUUUUUUUGUAAAUUCUUGUUUUUAUUUGUAAAUGUUUGUCUUGCUUCUCCUGCAGUUCCCUGACAUUUUCUUUGGAAUAUAUAUAAUUUUAAUUGGUUAUUCUUUAAGGUAUUCUGAUUUAAUACACGAGUCUAAGAUGAUUCUGCCAAAUUGAAUAAAGCUUGUGUUAAACCUUC